UUCAUUUCAGUCUUAAAGGUCACGUUAGCUAUCAGGUCAUUAGGAAGGGACCGAAAAGGCCUAAGUUGGCGAGGCUGUGGUUUCCCCCUGAAUCCAUCCCCAGGGUUAAGGUUGUAAAUACGUGGUGGGGGAGGUAAGAGUCUUGUGUGUAGUGUGAAGAGUUUGGACGUAUAGGUUUAAGUAAAAAAGGGGGGACUCACGUCAAGAAAUUCCCUCAGAAUGUGAAAAUCCAGAUCAUGUUGUACAAAUAAAAGUUGUGUGAACAGAUAUAGAAAACAACCUUAUCUAGAGGGAAACACGUUGGGGGUGGGGGAUAAAUUAGGAAUAUGGGAUUAGCAAAAAAAAUAAGGUUGCUAGGUGAGAAACCGCUUGAGAAAAAUUCUCAAUUGAAGAGGUUGCUCCACAGAUACUAGAUGUAUCCCAGAGAGACCUGCAUUGUUCUUUCCAUAUGUGCUUUCAGACUAAGCACAUAGUGCUAGUCUGAAUAAUGCAGACAAGUUCUCCUUUCUCAUGGAGGGUACUUUUACCAAAAACAAGUAAGUUGAUAUCAUAAGUACCUGUUGCUCAAGUACCGUGCUUCCUAACAGUGAGGGCCUCAGGUGGGCAGCAUCAGGAUCACUUGGGUGCUCAUUAAAAUCACUAGUUGCUAGGUACCACCCUAGAUCAAUAAUCAUCCUGGGGAGGAGGGUAGGUCGUGUCAGGAAUCUGUUGUAGUAAGUUCUGUGGGUGAUUCUUAUGCACCCUCUCAAAUUUGAGAAGCCUCAAAGAAGCUCCCUGUGAAGGUGGUCGUCAGGGAAGCCCUCAUGGAGGUGGUCACAUGAGCUUGAGACCUCAUGAAAGAAGUAAAAAUAGGCUGGAGAACUACUGGAGAGAGAGCCAAAGCUGAGCUUUCCAGGGAGUAUAGCAAAUGCAUCAGCCCUGAGGAGCCAGUGACCUUUGAGGACGUGGCCGUGUACUUCACCCAGAACCAAUGGGCCAGCCUGGACUCUGCGCAGAGGGCCCUGUACAGGGAGGUGAUGCUGGAGAAUUACGCAAAUGUGGUUUCCCUUGUAGUGUCUCCAUUCCCCAGACCUGAUCUGAUCUCCCAGCUGGAGAGAGGGGAAGCUCCAUGGGACCCCGAUCCCUGGGAAGCAGAGGAUUUGAGAGGCAUCUGUCCAGGUGGUGAGAGGGGCAUCAAGACAGAAGAGCCAGCGGUAGAGCAGCAAGCCUCCGAGGGCACAGAGGCCCACGGCAGGCCCGUGGGAGGGCUUCUCACGAACGUGUCUCAGCACUUGGAUUUUGAAAGCAAGGCAGUGUGGCAGACUUUCAGUCUGAAUCCCAAUCUGAUACUUCGAGGAGGCAUGAAGUUCUACAAAUGUAAAGAAUGUGGGAAGAUCUUCCGAUAUAACUCAAAGCUCCUUCGGCAUCAGAGGAGCCACACUGGGGAAAAGCCCUUCAAGUGCAAGGAGUGUGGCAAAGCUUUCAAGUCCAGCUAUGACUGUAUCGUACAUGAGAAAAAUCACGUUGGCAAAGGACCCUAUGAAUGUAAGGAGUGUGGCAAAGGUCUGAGUUCCAACACCGCCUUGACCCAGCAUCAGAGGAUCCACACGGGGGAGAAGCCCUACACGUGUAAGGAGUGUGGCAAGGCUUUCCGCCGGAGCGCCGCCUACCUGCAGCACCAGAGGCUGCACACUGGGGAGAAGCUCUAUAAAUGUAAGGAGUGUUGGAAAGGUUUUGGGUGUAGGUCACUUUUUAUUGUCCACCAGCGCAUCCACACUGGGGAGAAACCCUACCAAUGUAAGGAGUGUGGGAAGGCAUUCAGCCAGAAGAUCGCCUCCAUUCAGCAUCAGAGAGUUCACACCGGAGAGAAGCCCUAUGAGUGUAAGGUGUGUGGGAAAGCCUUCAAGUGGUACGGCAGCUUUGUUCAGCAUCAGAAAGUGCACCCCGUGGAGAAGAAGCCCAGCAAGGCUCUCGGGCCACCCCUGCUGCGUCCCCAGGGCCCCUCUGCAUCCUUAGCUCCCGGGUGUCUCCCGGGCCCGGGCUCUGCUCCUGCUGUGGCCGUGGCCUUGUCACACGCUGUCCUCAUUCCUGUCUCUGGGCCCGUGUUCAUGCUGCUUCCCGCCUCUGGGGUUCUUUCUUCCCCUGUCCAAGUAGUUCGUGUCUUCCAGGGUCUUCCUCCGGCUGUGAAGCCUUCCCCAGUUAUUCUGACCCCUUCUCCUCACCCCCCGUGACCUCUCUCUUGGCACUUCUCUGGCUGUUACAGCAGAUCUCUAACCUACCUUCAGGUUGAUCCGUAGCUUUUACACUGUACCUGUGUUCCUAUUAUUUCAGCAUAAACUCCAUUGUAAUUGAGAUAUAUUUAAAGAUAUAUUUACCUGUGUUUAUAUAAUAUAUUCUGUUUUCUUUUGGGUAGAUAAUGGAAACACUUGACUUCUGUAUUGGUUCCUUUCAGACUUGAACAGUAACGACUGUAUCUGCAUCAUGGGGCUGCUGUUUGGGAAGUGCUGGUAGGAUGCUAUGGUGAAUUAGGCACCUUUGAGAUAGGACUUCCCCAUAUAAGGCCCCUGUGAUGUGACAGAAGCUGCCUGGGAGAAACAGGCAUGUAAGAUCUGUCAGAGUUUAGAAGUGGCAUAAGCUUACAACCAGGGCCUUUAAAAAUAAAUGCAGGUGGUUCAGUGGCUGAAGGUGUGUAUUCAUGCAGGUGAAGUUGGGUUGUCCUUGACAUAGAUUGUUGAGGAUCUUGUACGUCUCUGCUAAAAAUCAUAUGAAAUAACCAGUUAGAAAACAUAUAUGUGGCUUGCCUGGUGGCUCAGUGGUAAGGAAUCCCCCUGCCAAUGCAGGAGACAUGGGUUUGAUCCCUGGUCUGGGAAGAUCCCAUAUGUUGUGGGGCAACUAAGCCUGUGGUGACAACUACUGAGCCUGCGCUCUAGAGCCUGGGAGCCAGAACUCCUGAGCCUACAUGCCCCAACUCCUGAGGCCUGCGAGCCCUAGAGCAUGUGCUCUGCAGCUAGAGAAGCCCGCUUCUCACUGCAGUGAGAAGCCCAUGUACUGCAGCUAGAGUAGCCCCCGCUUCCUGCAACUAGAGAAGAGCCCGUGCAGGAAUGAAGACCCAGCACAGUAAAAAAUAAGUAAAUAACAACUAAAAAAAAGUUAAAAUAAUUAAAAAACUGAUAACAAUCAUUUACGUGAUUGAGAGCAAUCAGGUCUUGAAACAUGAAAUUGUUUUUUAUCUUUAGUUUUGCUCUUGAUACCUGGCUGUUUCUUUCUUUCUUUUUUUUUUUUUUAAAGCAAAUGAACUUUUAAAAAAUUUAUUUGGCCGUUCCAGGUCUUCAUUGUGGCACAGGCGCUUCUCUAGUUGUGACACACGGGCUUAGUUGCCCUGCGGUAUGUGGGAUCUUAGUUCCAUGACCAGAGAUCAAACCCAGGCCCCCUUGCAUUGGAGCUCGGAGUCUUAGCCACUCGAUCACUUUGGAAAGUCCCUGGUUGUUUCCUUUUAAGUUUGAUUUGUUUAGUACAUGUACACCAAGACAUUCAUCUUUGCUCCAUCCGUUAUGUAAAUUUUUCUUAGUGGGUAUUUUGGCUUCCUAUUUGCAAGUGGUGUUGGUUUCUGCACUUUUCUCCAGAUAGCAUAAAUUAUAAAUAUGAGUUUGGCAAAUUACUAAAGAAAUAGGAGCAGGCGAUCUGGGGAAAAUCUGAAUAUGCCUGUGGAAUUUUUUUUUUUUUAAUUUUUGUUUGCAUUGGGUCUUUGUUGCUGCACAUGGGCUUUCUCUAGUUGUGUAUGGACUUCUCACUGCAGUGGUUUUUCUUGUUGCAGAACAUGGGCUCUAGGGUGCUUUGACUCAGCACAUGUGGCACAUGGCCUUAGUUGCCCCACGGUAUAUAGAAUCCUCCCAGAUCAGGCAUCAAACUUGUAACCCACCAGGCUCCUCUAUCCCCCACUGUCACAAUACAUGUUAGCUCAAUGCAUGUUGAUUGAUCAGUGAUCCUAUCUAAACAUUUCAUCGUCUGCUGUCCCCUUUUCAUUUUGCCUUCAGUCUUUUCCAGCAUCAGGGUCUUUUCCAGUGAGUCAGCUAUUCGCAUCAGGUGGCCAAAAUAUUGGAGUUUCAGCUUCAACAUUAGUCCUUCCAAUUAAUAGUCAGGGCUGAUUUGAUCAUGUUGCAGUCCAAGGGACUCUCAAGAGGUUGUGACAGGUUAGUGAAGUAUAAUUUUGGAUUGGUUGUGCUUUUGACCUUAAAUGAGGUCUUUUAUAACUAUGCAAAGAACUAUGUGAAGUAAUUUCUGGGAAAAGAACUUGAGUUAUGCAUUAUAGACACAGCUUAUUUUAUUGUGCUUCAUUGUAUCUGUUUUGCAGAUACUGUGUUUUUUACAAAUUGAAAGUUUGUGGCAGCACUGCAUUAUCAUAUUAUAGCUAAGAUAUUUUACAAUAAAGUAUUUUUUAAUUAA